AACUAUCAAUAUAUAUAACUUAAAUCCUUAUAAAUAGAAGGAAGACAUAUCUCAUCCACAAGUUUAUUGCAGCAGUCCAGUGUCACUUAAGUAUUUCUCUCACAAUGCUCAAUUUUCAUCAACAAACCAACAUACCUAAAGAAUUCAUUUAUCCCAAGGAAGAAUUAAUACAAGCACAAGAAGAGCUAAAUGAACUAGUAAUAGAUCUUAGAGGCAUCUUUACAGGCAAUAAUUCUGUGGCAACACAACAUGUAGCCAUGCUUGUCAAAACAGCUUGCUUAAACCAUGGAUUCUUUCAAGUUAUUAACCAUGGAGUUGAUUCUCAACUAAUUAACAUGGCUCAUGCUCAUGUUAAUGAUUUCUUUAAGCUUCCAUUAGGAGUAAAAUUAAAGGUUCAGAAACAACAUGGUAGUUUGUGGGGUUAUUCAAGUGCCCAUGCAGAGAGAUUUAAUUCAAGAUUGCCAUGGAAAGAAACUUUAUCCUUCAAUUUUCAUGAAAACAGUGGCUCCAAUCAGAGUGUUGUUGUUGAUUUCUUUGAAUCUGGUUUUGGAAAAGAAUUUGAACAAAUGGGAUUGGUGUUUGAGAGAUACUGCAAGGAAAUGAAGAGGUUAGGACUUGUAAUCAUGGAGAUAUUGGGAAUAAGCCUAGGUGUAGAAAAAUCUUACUACAAAGAAUUUUUCAGAGAUGCAAAUUCCAUAAUGAGAUGUAAUUUCUAUCCAACUUGCCAAGAUCCUGAUUUAGCCCUUGGAACUGCACCUCACUGUGAUCCAAAUUCAUUGACAAUACUACAUCAAGAUCAAGUUGGAGGGUUGGAAGUCUUUGUCGAUAGCAAGUGGAAGUCAGUGAGACCUAGGCCUGAUGCACUCGUCAUCAAUAUUGGUGACACUUUUACGGCCCUGUCAAAUGGACUAUACAAAAGUUGUGUGCACAGGGCAAUAGUAAACAGACAACUUGACAGAAUAUCAUUGGCAUUUUUCUUCUGCCCAAGGGAAGACAAAAUUAUAGUACCCCCACAAGAUCUUGUCUCAGGGCCAAGAAUGUACCCUGACUUCACAUGGUUUGAUUUGCUCAAUUUUACACAGAACCACUAUAGGGCUGAUCAAGCUACUCUCCAAAACUUCACUCUUUGGUUCCUUUCUUCCAAAUUCAAUAAUCCGACAUAGCAAAAAACAAAAAAACAUGUACUACUAUUUAUCCAAUCUAUAUUGUGGGCUGUAUAAGAGAUUUUAAUGCAACUAGAAAAUAUAGAGAACUUGAAGUAUUUUUUGUUUUAAUUUGUUUAAUGUUGGACUGAAAUGAAUUUAAAUGAAGAAGCAUGAUUAGUAAAUUUA